UCACUCUCAAGUAAGUCUCAAGUCUCAAGUUCUCACCCCCAAAAUUCCAAACAUCUCGCACACUGCAGACACUGAAUCAUCAUCUUCUUCUUUUACCUUCUUCAAUAACGAUGCUGACGUCAUAUUGAUGGUACAAUUCAUAAACUCACAAAAACACUUAGCUUUCCAUUAGGAAGAAGAAAUGCUAACGGGGCAACUGGCGGUGUGGUCCAGUUCCACCAACGUAUUCGGCGGCGUUGGUGGAUUGCUGUUGUGGAGUGGGCGAAGGCGGAAUCGACGGAGAAGAGAUAUUUUCUGGGUUGCGGCUGUUGUCGACGGCCACAACAGAAACCAGCAGAAUCACUACGCAGUUUUGGGGGUUUCGUCUUCUGCUUCUUCUGCUGAUAUCAAAAAGGCAUAUCGCCUUCUCGCCCGUAAGUGGCAUCCCGAUGUUAGCAAGGAUUCACGAGCUGCUGAUGUUUUUAAAAGUAUUCAUCUCGCCUACCAAGUGCUAUCUAAUGAAGCUACAAAGGUUCAUUAUGAUAGAAACCUCAAAUCUGAUCCCGUCAAGAGAACUACUAGUCCCAAUUUCGACUUGGAAGAUGAAUAUAUAAUGCAAAGAUGGAGUGAAAUAAGGCAGAAGAUGCGAAAUGAUAGACAUCGUAAAGGAUAUGGUAAUGGAGGCGAAAGUUUUUCCUUUGACAUUAAUUCUGACGAAGAGCCUGAAGCCAAAACAGAGGAAGAAAGGGGGUCAUUGUUUGAAGUCCUUCAAUCCAUUUCCCUCUCCAUAUUUCUGAUGCAAACAGUUGGCUGCCAGUUAUCUCUUAUUUUCAGCAGCCUAACGGCAUGGUUUGAUGGGAAAUUAGAUACGGGUUAUAAAAUGGGUCACCUGAUUGCUUGGUUAAUGGGUGGUAGAGCUGGUGUUUUGCUUUCAUUGUGUCUCUCUAUUGCAAGCUGGGCAUUUGGCAAAAAUAGCAGCAGUGAAGUCUCUGUAGUGGCCACUGCCAUUUGGAUUGGAUCAAAUAUUUUGAGUUAUACACCACUUCCCCAAGGUCCACUCCUUGUGCUUCUCUACAUGUCUAUUAAACUGCAUGUUGAUCUAAGCUAAGCUACAACCUGCCUUUCUUUGUACUAAUGUUUUCUCAAGUGCUGUACAUAUUUUGUGUUUAAAAAAAAAGAUAAAUGGUCUACUGAUAAAUUUUGAUUACUCCGUUAAAGUUUCCGGUGCGACCAUUUGCUAUCUCAUGUAAUAUUGUGCCUUGUAAGAAUUGUAACAAUGGACAAUUCAUCAAUCUCUGGAAAAUCCAAUCUCAAUUACAUUAUUUUUA